AUGGUUGUAGAAGGUGUCCACAUCGACGAAUCUUCUGAUACCCUUCGUUGGGCCAAUAAGAAGAUAUUUCUACGGUUCGACAGACAUGAAGGAAUGAUAGCCCUACAUAAGGGUCAUUACAAGGGUCAUUCCAAGGGCCAUUCUAAGAAGGCAUCUAAAGAUAUCGAUGUCAGCAGCGAUGCCAGCAGCUACGGAUAUGUGAUAUCCACCAAACAUACCAGCUACACCACGACGGACAUCCAACGAUGGCACGAACGUCUUGGACAUCCAGGGACGGAAGUCCUGGAACAUGCCAUGGAACGGAACCUUGGUGUCAGGAUCAAAGGUGUCAAAACCACAGACUGCCAGACAUACAGCCUGUCGAAGGCGCAGCGGAUCAUAUCCCGCCAGCCGCAGCAGAUCCGAGUCACUGCCGCGCGCGCCCACAUUGGCUACCUUGUUGGUCACAAAUCUUCCACGCAGUACCUCAUGUGGGUGCCACAGCUAGGAAAGGUCAUAGACACAUCUAAUGUGACGUUCGAUGAGAAGAACACUUACAAAACUAUGAAACCAACUGCUGAAAAGGAAGAAGUCGAAGAAACGGUGGAACAGUUACAGGUCCAUCGAAUCCGCGAUGACAACGACGAUGUGGAUAUCUUCGCUGAUAUCUUCAGCAUUACAAACACUACAGAUCCGACACUUCUGAUGUCGGAUCGGGGGUGGAAAGACUAA